CCAUUAAAUGCCAGUGAGUAGUGAGCGGUAUGUGCCUCUGUAUUUGCUAAAUUUGAAAGUGGUCCAACUGAAAUGUCUGCCUAUGUUUACUUCUGGAGGUGGAGCUUAUGAUAGGAUGUUUUCACACAGUGAAAGUGGCUGAUUUCACUGUCUUGUUUUAAAAGAAAGGAAAUCACGGUGGUUUCUGAGGUGAAAAUUAACGCGAAGAGAAAAAGAGCAACGAGCCAAAGCAAAAAUGAUGAAGGGUGGCAGUGGUAAUAAACAAAGGUGGAUUUAAAGGCACCUGACAUGAGCAAGAGAGACCAAAGCACUAGCUUUUGAACAUAGAGAAUUUAACUCAUCAAGUAGGCUCAGUGACAGAGAAAAUGACAGCUACUGGGAAGGAUGGCAAAGUAUGGAGUGUUCGUGAAAGCAAGAAAAUGGAAGGAGAGGAUAGUUUGAGGACUCUAGAAUGCCUGAGAGGAAGGUUGCUUGCAGAGAGACAAGCUUCAAAGAUUGCUAAAGAGGAGGCAGAGCUCAUGGGCAAUAAGUUAAUAGAGCUAGAGGACAAACUCAGAGAAGAGAUCAAAUUGAGGAAAAAAGCUGAAAAGAAGCAUAAAUUCUUGAUGAAGAAGCUUGAGUCCUUGAAGAUUUGGCCUGCAUCAGAGGGAUCAGAGAAGUCAAGUUCAUCUGAGAUUAGUGGAUUUUGUAGCGCAUCAUCCACAAGUACUGCAGGCCACAAAGACCCCGAAGAAUCUGAAUCCAAGCCCCAAGUCAUAAUCACAGCAGACUCACAAGAUAUGAAAGACAAUGGCUCUGAAACAACUACAUCCAAUCAAAAUAUUUGUCCUGUUUCCGAUUCCAUCGGAGAGACUCAAGAUUCAAAUGCUGACAAUAACCUCAAAGAUUGUUCUUUAGAUAAAUCAAGGCAUGAAACCGUUGCAUGUUCACAAGAUUCAAAGAUUGAUGAUCAAAGUUCUGCGAGCAUUAAAGCAUCAGUGGUGGAGAUGGAGAAAAAUGCAGGAAAUGAGAGUGAUAACGAGGCUUAUGUGAAUAAUUCUUUGGCACUAGUCCCAUUGAGUUUGCCAGCUUCUACCAAGAAAAGUGAGUUGAAGGUAGUCAAUAGAAGUGUUAUUGAAGUUCUUGACGCUUUAAGGCAUGCCAGGGAGCAGAUACAAAGCUCAAUGGAGAGAAGACACAUGAUUAGAGUUUGCCCAACUUGAAUCCAUGUGUGUUAAAUGCUAAUGAUGUGAGAUAUAUAGCUAAUAACACAAAUAGCAGAAAGAGACAUCAGGAUGGGCCCGUGUUCUUCUUGCAUUGAAGCAAGAAAUUGCAAACGUGAUGAGGGUAGAGUAUUGAUUAGUUAAUAUCAUUGCAUGGAUAAUAAACUCACAUGAUAGUGAACAUCAAAGAAAGCAUGUGAUGUAGGGAAUUAUCAAGGAUAUGCUGUCCAGUUGAUGCUGGACCUGGGUCCAUGAAGGUCGUCUUCUUUCUUGUUUUCGUUCUCUUUUCGAGUUUGAUUAAUUAAGAUGGUAUUUGACAUUAUAAUAUAAUCCAACUGUAUUUUUGAA